AUGGCCCAACAGCCCACCUCCCUACCGCAGCCCGCAACCCAGGGUUCCACCCUCUCCUUCACACAAGGCUUCCUCCUCGGCCAGCUCUCCAUAGCCCUAAUCCUCUUCUUCUUCAUAAAGUUCUUCAUAUUCGGAGAACUUCCCUCGGCCGACGACCGCGCACUGCACCUCUCGUCCCUUCGGCGCGCCCGCACCCUCGCCCACCAGUCCUCGCUCCACCAGCGCACCCGCUCAAAUAGCACGACCAACCCUCUCCGUCCCAGGGCUUCGCGAGCUGUAAUACGAGAAGCUGCCGCCGCAGGUGGGCCCAGCGUGGGCGCGAUCCUCGCGAAGACGUACUACAACGUGAAGGGGCACCAGCCAGAGAGCUUAGACUGGUUUAACGUGCUGAUUGCGCAGACGAUCGCGCAGCUGAGAGCCGAUGCGCGGCAGGAUGGUGCGGUCCUGACGAGCCUUACCGAAGUGCUAAACACGGGGACCAAGCCAUCGUUUCUGGGAGAGAUCAAAGUGACAGAGAUCGCGCUGGGCGACGAAUUCCCUAUCUUCAGCAACUGCCGCGUUAUGCCCGCGGAGGAAGGCUUUCUUUCAGGCGGCAGCGGCAGUGGCGGCAUAUCUGGGACGGAAGAAGGACGGCUGCAGGCGCGGAUGGACGUCGAUCUGAGCGAUAUCAUCACGCUGGGCAUCGAGACGACGCUGGUACUCAAUUGGCCUACCGACAGGGUCGCUGUGCUGCCCGUCGCGCUGGCCGUCAGCGUAGUACGCUUCUCAGGCACCCUUGCCGUGUCAUUCAUUCCAUCUUCUUCGCCUCCAUCAACAUCUGCAAAUACGCCUGCUCCAGAAGAUGCUCCCCGCUCAACGUCUGCAAAUACGCCCGCCGCUGCGGAUACCCAACGCCCGCAGUCCGCGAACGGUACUGGAGAACGUGGCACACCACGGCGCCCCACAACACUAGCUUUCACCUUCCUAGACGAUUACCGGCUUGACCUCUCCGUACGCUCCCUAGUAGGCAGCCGCUCCCGCCUGCAAGACGUGCCCAAGAUUGCGCAGCUCAUCGAGUCGAGGGUACACGCGUGGUUUGACGAGCGUGCGGUAGAGCCGCGCUUCCAGCAGAUCGUUCUUCCAUCUCUAUGGCCUCGCAAAAAGAACACGAGGGGCGGCGAGGAGGGAGACGCGGAUACGGGGUUGGACGAUGAGGGCAUUGAUGUGACAUCCCCGACGCCGGAGGCUCCUCGAGAAAGAGAAGGUAGGCCUACGUCGCUGCCGCAGACGCUAGAAGCGCGGAUAGAAGCCGAGGGCGCAAAACUGAGGGAGGCAGAGGUACGUGCUGGCGAGCGGAGUCGCAGUCGGGAUCAUGGCGAAGGUUUGCGGUGGCGUGGCGAGCACCUGCGACAGCAGGGCCGGCCAACCGGACAUCUGAGCAGGGAGUGGAGCGCGCGCGAAGUCGCGUCCUCGAUGCCGGGCGGUAUGCCUGGGUAA